CACCGUUGUCCAAGAACAAGUCAGCAUUAUAUCAACACAAUGCCGAGUUCCUGCAGAGAUAUCAGAGACGCCCUGGCGCAAUGUCUCCAAGAAUCCGAUUGCAUCAUGGUUCAGCGCCAUAGUCCGAGAGAAUGUUUGAGUUCGCCAUUGGCCGAAGAAUUACCCACGAAAUGUCAACAGCUGCGGAAAGGUUUCAGCGAGUGCAAACGCGGGAUGAUCGAUAUGCGCAAACGAUUCCGUGGAAAUCAACCAAUCGCGCUGUCCAAAGAAAUCGAAGGCGGGAAAUCCAACAAGCCCCAGCAGAUGUACGCUGGUAGGCCGGCGUUCGAGACGGUCAAAGAAAUCAGCGGGGAUGAAGUUCAGAUGGACCCGGAGAAGACGAGGGGCUUAUAAGUGAGGGGAUUCGAUUCUGGUAGUGGUCUUGUUCUUGCACUUGAUAUAUCUUGUGUUUUCUGGCAUGGGUUGGAGUUUUCACUGGAAUGGUUGACGACAUCAUAGAAAUGCGUGUACGAUAACAGGGUUCCAUUACGCAGGG